CACCCCAAUAGCGAGGACCCCAGUAGUUAGGAUUAGAUGUAACUAAAGUUAAGGAUUUAGUUUGGUACCCCUCAAUCGAAUGAAUUAUUGGUUGGUAUUUUGAUACGUAGAUGAGGAUGGGGAGGUUUGUGGAUGAGGAUGGAGAAGUUUGAAGUAAUAUAAAUGAGUGCUCUUGGAUGAUUCAAGGCAGUGCAGAUCGAAAAUAUUCCUCAUUCCUUUUACUAUCUUUUUCCUUUCUCGAAGUUCUGCGGCAGCUCAUCCUCGACUCUUCCACUUCAGCUAUAUAUACAUAUGGCAUUCCUGGUUGCCAUGUGCAGUGCAGUGGCGGUGGUCGUACUGGUGGUUCUCUGGGUUUACAGAUGGAGGAACCCGAGAUGCAGCAUCGGAAAGCUGCCGCCUGGCUCCAUGGGUUUGCCUCUGCUUGGCGAGACCAUGCAGUUCUUCUCGCCGAACACCACUUUCGAUGUCUCUCCCUUCAUCAAGGACAGGAUAAAGAGGUACGGGCCAGUGUUCAGAACCAGCUUGAUCGGCCUGCCUGUGGUUGUGUCCACCGACCCGGAGCUCAACCGCUUCGUCUUCCAACAAGAGGGGAGGCUGUUCGAGAGCUGGUACCCUGAGACCUUCACCGAGAUCUUUGGCCGCAGCAACGUGGGGUCCUUGCAUGGAUUCAUGUACAAGUACCUCAAGAGCUUGGUUCUCAAGCUCUUCGGCCCCGAGUCCCUCAAAGACCUGCUGCUUCGUGAUGUGGAGACGGCAGCAUGCGCCAAUCUCUCCUCGUGGUCGCGUCUGUCGAGCAUCGAGCUGAAAGAAGCCACGUCAAAUAUGAUAUUUGAUCUCACUGCCAAGAAAUUGAUUAGCUAUGAAUCUUCGUCUUCAUCUGAGAGUUUGAGGAAAAAUUUUGUGGCCUUCAUACGAGGACUGAUCUCAUAUCCGGUGGAUCUCCCGGGAACAGCUUAUUACCAGUGUAUGCAGGGAAGGAAGAACGUGAUGAAAGUGCUGAAAAAUAUGCUUAAAGAAAGGCGGAAUUCUCCAAGGAAACAACAUGGAGAUUUCUUCGACUCUCUCAUUGAAGAGCUGAACAAAGAAAGAUCAUUGAUAACGGAGACCAUUGCUCUGGAUUUGAUGUUCGUGCUGCUCUUCGCGAGCUUCGAGACCACAUCUCUGGCCCUCACGCUGGCCAUAAAGUUUCUCACGGACCACCCAAAUGUACUGGAGAAAUUGACGGAAGAGCAUGACACAAUAAUAAAGAACCGGGAGGACCCAUUGUCAGGAGUGACAUGGAUGGAGUACAGAUCAAUGACAUUCACAUUUCAGGUGAGGCAGAAGUCCAGAGUAAAUCAGACAGGAGCUUAUGGUGAUGGAAUCCUGGAAAAUAACAAUGCAAUUAUGCUUAAAUUCAGUUCAGCAUUCAUUCAUGAGCCACGAUCAUAUUCUCCAUAG